AAGGGGAGGUCGGCAUGCCUGGGCCCUUGGUGCGGGUGCCACCGGCCAGCGUACGCCAUGGCUGCGAGAAACGGCGUGGGCCAUGCACGUGUGGAGGUCACCGGACGCCGUCCAAGAAAUCGCACCAUAGCGGGCAUCACCGACACAAGCGCCGACACAGAGUGGCGCGUAAUGCGACUGCUAGCGGAGACCAUGGUCUGCAAGUGACGACGCCUCCUCCCCCAGCAGUGGACGCUGCUGCGGCGCCCGAACGAGUUCAUGAUCCAAUCGAAGCCGGCGGCAUAGCGCCACAAGUCCAAACGGAGUCGCCGCCGCUGGCAGAGGUUGCAGCUGACGCACGGAUUCAGACCGGACGCAAGGACUGGCAGAAAAGCGAUGCAUUCUUCGU